AUGACUGGCACCAAGAACCUCCUCUCCCAGUUCCUGUGUCCGGCUAAGCCGACAAUUACUGAGGAAUAUGUUCCAGAUCUCAAGGACAAGGUCGUCAUCGUCACAGGUUCCAACACGGGCCUAGGCAAAGAAAUCGCCCGCAUCAUGUACGCCAAGAACGCCAAGGUCUACAUGAUGGCACGCUCCGAGGACAAGACACGCCAGGCCAUGAACGAGAUCCGCGCCGCCGAGCCCAAGUCGGCCGGCGAGCUGCACUUCAUCCGCCUGGACCUGGCCGACCUGACGACGAUCCAGGCCUCCGCAGACGCCUUCCUGGCGCGCGAGCCCGCCCUCCACCUCCUCUUCAACAACGCCGGCGUCGGCUACCCGGACAAGGGCGCCGUCACCGCGCAGGGCCACGAGCUACAGCUGGGCGUCAACUGCGUGGGGCCCUGGGGCCUCACACGGCUCCUGACCCCGGCGCUGCUGGCGGCGGCGGCGCAGCCGGAGGUGCCCAGCGGCUCGGUGCGCGUGGUCUGGGUCUCGUCGUCGGCGACGGAGGCGGUGCUGCCCAAGAACCUCAUGAAGGCUGUGGCGGGUAACAUGGAGGCCGAGAGCGCCAUGGAUCGCUAUGGGUUCAGCAAGCUGGGCAACUACCUGCACGCGGCCGAGUUUGCGGAGCGCCACAGGGCUGACGGGAUCUUGUCUGUGUCGUUGAAUCCGGGCGCGCUGGACUCGGAUUUCUGGCGGAGCCAGGGCGGGGUGACCACGGCCAUCCUGCGCAAUACACUGCUUCAUCCGCCUGUGUAUGGAGCGUAUACCAGUUUGUUUGCGGCCUUCUCGUCUGAGAUUACGGCCGAGAAGUCGGGUUGCUUUGUUGCUCCUUGGGGUCAGUUCUGGAAUCUGCCAAAGGAUUAUGUCAAUGCUGUCAAGACGGAGGCUGAGGGCGGCACGGGUAUUGCGAGACAGUUCUGGGAGUGGACUGAGGCUCAGUGGAAGCCGUAUCUGUGAGAGGAGAGAGCAUUCAUUUAUGACCUUGGUGGGAAACUCUUGGGGCGCCGGUUUUAUAGGUUAAGAAAUAACAGGGAGGAAGUCGAACGGUUUUUAUGAAUAGACAUUUCCUUCUUAGUCAUUUUAGAUUUCUAUUUCG